CGAACACUCGAUCACAUACGAACACAAUCUUGUUCAUAAACAGACAACGGAGAGCUGAGGUCAACAAGCCCAUGGCGGGGCAAACAAAGGAGCUUCAAUUUGAAGGCGUACUAGAGAAAGCAGGGAAAAGAUUCUUUGAGUUUUUGAAUGACCCUCGCAUAUUUUUCUUCUUCACAUCGAUACAUGGAGGUGAAGUGGGGAGGGGGUUACAGGAGAAGGUGGUUUUAUCUUGAGGGCAAGCAACUUACUUAUUACAAAGCACCAGAAAGAACACAAGAGAACCUGCUUGGUCUGAUUGACCUGUCAAGAGCGAAAUCAGUCAAUCCAGUCAAGGUGAUCAACAAUGGCUUCCAGAUUGUCACAGGGAACAGAACAUACCACUUGAGCGCCCCUACUCCUGAACUUGUGACCGACUGGGUGAGCGUCUUGCGUCAAGCAAUGCAAAUCAAAAGCUUCUCAGGCUCCAGGGCCAAGCUAAGCCAGAAAAGUCCAAGCACUGUGAGCCAACCAAGCUUUGAUGAAGAUGACAUCUAUGACCAGGUAGAGGAACCUGUUUUCCAAGAAAAGGAGGCUGGCUAUGAAAGUAUCGGUCCCUCACUGUCAGUAUCUUCUGAAAAGAGUGUACUCUCAACUAGCACCACACCAUCAGAUACUGUUACUCAAGAUGCAAAUAACUCGCCAGGAAGCACAGAGCUGGGAACAUACGGACUGGCAGGGGAACCUGGAAUUAAUGGAGUCCAGAUUGAGCAAACAUAUGAGAGUAUUGGGGAAGCACUAGGAAUGGCUAACAAUGGCACUUGUGAUGCGACAUAUGCGACGGUUAUCAGCCAUAAAGAAAGAAAAGAUUCUGGUGAUGGGGUCAGUGAGGUUACUUUAUUAUCCGAUAGAGAUCCGAAAACCCUGUCUCUAAUAUGUGAGAGCGAUACUGAUGAGAACGAGCCAGAAACUGAGAUAGUCGAGAAGGCCGAGGAAGACAAAGGAAAUCCCCUGCCUUCCCCUAUAGGGGAUGUUUAUGCUGCUGAUCAAAUAAAGGUAUUACUGGGUCAUGACAUGGAUGGGAGGGGUGGGUCGCCAUCAGAUAAAAGCAAUACGUCCAAGCAGACUGGAUCAGAUUUGAUCAUACCUCAAUCAUGUGAGGUAGCUUUUACAAAUUUGAGAGCGUUCUUGAAACAGUUAGAUGAGAAAGGGUACUAGAAGAGUAGGAAGGAAAGAAUGAAAAAAAAAAUCAACAAAGGCUUGAAAUGUUAUAUGUUUUACACCUACUAUGAUAAACAGAGUAGUUUCGUUUACUGUUCAGAGCGUUAGCCCUUUGUCUUUUUAGUCAUACCAAGAGAAAACAUUGUCUCAAAAUUAUAGAGAUUUAGGUAUGCACCGUCUUCCCACAUUAUAUUUUUUUUUUAUUUCAAUGUAGAACAAUGUAAUGGUUCUUUUCCAAUAAUAUGACAAGAUAUAGUUGUGGGGAGUACAUGAACACUUCUAGUAGAAGUGAAAUAUUAGGAUUUUAGUUCAGCGAUGUGACAAGAAAUAGUUGUGGCGAGUACAUGAACGCUUAUAGUAGAAGUGAAAUAUUAGGAUCUUAGUCCAGCGAUAUGCCAGGGGUGCAGCCCUGCAUUUCCCAUCGCAAUUUUUACAUUGCGCGGGGAUUGGGUCGAGUUGAUAAGCGAAAAGCAUGCUGGGAGGAUUUUAGGGGAUGCCAAUUAAUUCCUGAUGUGAAUCUAAGAAAGAUAAUCAGCUUUUCUUCAGUAUUCAAUCAAUAAGCUUACGGUGCCAUAACUUGCGUCUCUUACAAUAAUCCCAGCAUGCUGUUCGCUUAUCAACUCGAACCAAUCCCCCCCGCAACGUAAGAAUGGCGGAUGAGUAGGUCUGGUAAAGAGAUCAAUGUUUUCACGAUUUAUUACGGGUCCUUGGUGACUAUGUCCUGCGAAUUCGAAACUGGACAAUAGAAUAUCGAUUCGUUGAUUCUGUUUCAAACUAAACUGCAUAUAGAGCAUACGAUGUCUUGUGAUGUAAGAGGUAUUUAUUUGUAGAGUAGUAUAAACUUUAGAUAUAACUCUCUUUUUAACUUAUUUAAAGAAAAGAUAUUCUGAUAUAUUUCUUAUUAGAUUGUUGCAUAUGUUUUUAAAGAAGAUGUUUUUAUGGUAUUUUUCUGCUUCAUGUAUAUACAAGCCAUAUUAUAUCUUGUAUUUGUUAUGUGUACACUCGUAGUACUGUAGAGAUGACGAACUAUGAGCAAGAUUAAAGAAUGCCGAUCAACCA